AGUCCCCCAAAGGUAUUUACCAGGCCGUCUUCAACGACGGUUAUAGUCUUCCAUGAAGUCAUGUCUCAGUAUCAAGACGUUGAGCCACCACAGGACCUCAAGCUCCAUCUGAUCUUUUGCGGGGAUUGAUGUAAGGGUUAAGCCUACUUUUCUGCGACAGAUUUUCCAGCCCUACCUACGUAAGGUAUGUAGCAUCAGAAGCACAGAAUUGGAGUAAUUUCCUCUUUCGGACGCCGAUCGGUCGGAGGCAAGGAGGCCGAUAUCCCCAGCCAAAGAACCAGGAUCGGUGUCAUUUCCGCCAACAGAUCUCAUUAAAACUGCCAAUUUCUGUCUUGAAGGGCUUCGACCCCGCUAUUUAAGCCUGCCAACAUGCGCAUCAAGCACCCUGGAGAACGACCAUGCAUCUUGGUAUGUUGGGGGCAACUCAGGGAAGCACAGUAGGUGGUUCCUUCCCCGCAUUCAGCGCCCCGGUCAAUGUCAACUUCCCCUCACGAUGCCAUACGAUUCGCUGCAUUUUCUCAACUUUGAUCAGCGGUGAAACCAUGCAGAUAUUUCCAACGUUACUUGCCCAGACCAAACGUGGGACCUUGCAGAAAGUCCGUCGCCUGUGCGACUGACCUUUUGUUGCAUUUCUUGAUGGAACGUUGGGUCUGAGCAUGGCCGUAGCAGCAUGACUGCCUGCCUACUUAAAGACGCCCAUUCUGCACCGGGCGCACAAGGCGAGCCCAGGAUGGCAAGCCUGGUGGCAGGUCCUGUGGAACAUUCGUCGCAAACCCGGUAAAUUCUGAAAAAAAGAAGAUUCCAAGACAUCUCAGCGGCCAUGGGUAUCAUUGGCAAAAAAGAAGAAUUCUCCGACGAUGAUCGCCUCAGCAAGAUUGCUGAGGCAGAUACCAAACCAUGGUACAAGAAACCGAACUUGAGGUUCUUGUACCUCAUCCUCGUCCCCACUGGACUUGGAGUGGAAUGGACUUCGGGUUUUGACUCCUCCAUGAUGAACAGUCUUCAGGCUGUACCAUCGUGGGUCGCAUACUUUGACAACCCUACGUCCUCACGUCUCGGGCUUCUCAACGCCAUGUACUCGCUCGGCGCCCUGAUGGCAAUCCCCUUUAUACCGUCUGUUUCGCAGUGGCUUGGCCGCCGCUGGACCAUCGUCGCUGCUUCACUUAUCAUGUGCUUGGGGGCAGGACUCCAGACCGGUGCUGUCAACCAGGACAUGUUUUUGGCCUCGCGUUGGGUCCUGGGAUUCGGUAUCCCUUUUGCAAUCGUCAACGCAUCAUCCAUGCUAGGAGAGUUGAGCUAUGCCAAGGAGAGGCCUGUUAUGACUUCGCUCUUCAACGCGUCCUGGUUUGUCGGUGCAAUCAUCGCCGCUGGCACGACAUACGGGUCUUUCAAAAUGAACACGACAUGGGCCUGGCGACUGCCCUCACUACUGCAGCUGGUGCCGUCCAUGUGUCAGAUCAUCUUCAUGCCGUUCUGCCCAGAGUCGCCACGCUGGCUCAUAUCGGUUGACCGCGCUGACGAGGCCUAUGCCAUCCUGCAAAAGUACCACAGCGAGGGCCAGGACGGAGAGGAAUUUGCGCGCCUCGAGUUUGCACAGAUCCAGUCGACCAUCGCGCUCGAGAAGGAAACAGCAUCCAGAUUUAUCUGGGCCGACGUUAUCCGGGACGCCCCAAUGCGCCGGCGGUUUCUGCUGGCCGCCAUCGUGGGCUUCUUCACGCAGUGGUCCGGAAACGGCCUGCUCAGCUUCUACAUGAAGAAGAUUCUCAACCUGGUCGGCAUCAAGGACAACGACACGGUCCAAAAGUUCAUCCUCGGUAAUACGUGCUGGGGGUUCAUCAACGCUGUGCCCAUUGCCUUCUUCGCCCCUCGUUUCCCGCGCCGUCGGAUGUUCCUCAUUUGCACCAUCGGGACCGCUUGCGUCUACACGGCGUGGACGGUGGCCUCUGCGCGCUUCGACAUGACCCAGGACCCAGCAGCUGCCAUUCCCGUGCUGGUCUUCAUCUUUGUCUAUUCGCCCUUUUACAAUAUCGGCUGGAAUGCGCUAACCUAUACCUACAUGGUCGAGAUAUUCCCGUACGCCCAGCGUGCCAAGGGAAUCGCCGUGGAGCAGGCCACCGUGCGAAUCGCAGUGUUCUUCAACACGUACGUUAACGCUCUAGCGCUAGAUAGCAUUGGCUGGCGCUACUAUAUCGUAUAUUGCGUCUGGAUAUUGGUCGAGAUUGCGACGGUCUACUUGCUGUUCCCCGAGACGCAUGGCCGCACACUGGAGGAGCUUUCUUUCAUGUUUGAAGGCAAGGAGGCGCAGGCGCGUGUGACCAGCGGAGUCGACAAGAUUGCUCACGCCGAUGAGACGCGCGUGGAAGAGGAAAAAGCUACCGGGGACCCGGCAGCGGCCAACGAGAGCAGAGUUUAGGCUGAGCGAGAUCUUCCGAAAUGCUUCACAGUAGAAUCAAGUUGCGGGGGACAUACACCUAGGAUCUAUCCACUUGAAUACACGGGAUCCCGUCCGCUCUACCCUAGCAAAACCAAUGAUUGCUGGUACCAAAUGCCAUGGGAUUGAGUGAGAUCGGGGUACAGCCUCUAAUUGUGAUCAAUAGUCGUUCGCUGGGUAAUCUGUGUGCCUGUCAUUGAAACGAUCAGAUAUAUCACUGAGAAUCUGGAACAACAGCGAAUAUUGCCAAACGAGAUGAGUUUAAUUUCAUAUACACAUGAGCUACCCAGCCUCAACAUAGCGCUCCAUGAGCACCUCGGCAUCUCCCUCCUGGUAGAUGGACUUUUGCAACUUGACAGUGAUGAGCGGCUCCUUGGUUGGGUCGUCACUCAUCUCCAGCACGACGUCGUACGGCGUCCUCUCGCGACUGGCGAUGACCUCGGUGAUGCUGGCACCGCCGAU